GGCGCAAUGAAGGCGCUGGCUGCGGUAAUGGAGGCCGGCGCUUAUUCACUUUCGUAGAAACUACUUCGGCGGGUGUUCGUUGUGUAAUGUAAUCUUAUACCAACAUGUUCAUCGUUUGGGGCUGCUUGUUUACAAAGUUACUAGCGCUUAUUCUGUUGUGCUCGUUUCUCGAUGUCGCCAGCUGUGACCCUGCCAAUCCGGUGUUUUGCAACCAGAGCAUCGUCUCUCUGCAAACGGAUUGCUCAUUCAUGCUACAUGAGCCACUUGGAUCAUGCAUCCUACAUCAUACAAACAGUUGUCGGACUUAUGAUUAUUCUUCCUGGAACCUGAAUGAAGAUCAAGUAGUCACUUCAUUAGAGGACCUGGACUACCACAUUUACCUGUCAACAUACUCCUAUUCCAAAGAAGUUGCACUAAAUGUUUCCUUUGAGACCACAUCGAAAGAUGUGCAUGGCUUCGACUUUUCAUUGGUCGAGUACAGGUUUCCUGGCGCUGCAGGAAAGUAUGAGACUUGCCGCUUGUUUGACUUGAGGAAGUCCCUGCAGCAGUCGGCUAGUGUCUUCUAUGACUGCUACUUCAAGAUCAGAGGAGAUUACCUCAACAAGUACUUUUUCGUAACAUCACGUGGAUUACCUACAAAUCGUGUGGCAAAGUUUUUUGUCACACUGUCGACGUCACCUGUGAAGCCUGGAGGAGAGACUGUAUGCAAUUGGGAGAGCACAGUAAUGGUCCUGGAACCAGCAUUGCUGAAGAAGUCUGUGAUUGCUCAAUUUGGCCUCGCUGAUGUGAAGUACAACAUUACCAGAUACAACAUCAGUCUCUGGAAUCAGGAUUCUGUGACUGGUGAUUCUGUGGCUCAGGAGCAGGUCAUUGAGGUCAAGCCUGGAGACAUGGCAAUGGGCACUGUGUCCUUUACGAGAGUAGCCGCAGGCACAUACUACCUGCGUGUGCGUCCUGAGCACGCUCAAUGGGUUGAGCAUUCAUGCGUCUUCACCGUGACAGACGUUUUUACAGUCCCAGAAGAUAAUAGAUUGAAGCUUGCCCUUUCCAUUUCUCUGAUCUGUGCACUGGGCCUUGUUGUUGCCUUAGUAACGGCAUCAAUCAUCUACUUCUACAUUAAAAAGCGAGCUGUGCCAGCGCGAAGGUCAGCCACGGUGUUCCUGCUCUACUCAUAUGACUCGGCCACACACUUCGAGGCAGUGCAAGCCUUGUACCAGUUCCUGUCGAAAGUUCCUGGCCUGCGUGUGGUGUUCGACGUGACUGAUGCCAAUGACAUGGGAGCCCCGCAUCAAUGGCUGCCUACGUGGCUGCAUCGUGCCGAUCACAUCCUCCUUGUCAUAUCAGCCGGUGUCUACGAAAAGGUAGAGAAGCAUAUCAGGCCUGCACAUGAGCAUCACCCUUGGGGUGACCUUGUCACGCCUGCUAUCUAUGACAUUGUGAGACUCCCUGACCUCCAGCAAAAGCUGGUCAAGGUAUUGAUGACUGGUACCCCCGAGACCAACGUGCCAACAUCCUUGUUCACCCGAGGGGUGACCUUCAAGCUUCCAAAGCACACAAGCCGAAUGCUGCACCACCUGUUUGGUGAAAACCAGUGCCGCUCGACCCUGCAGUGCAUGGCUCGGCACCCACUGUGGCCCGACCCCGAUUGUGAGCGGGCUUUCCGUAAGAAGCUGGAAGGGCUUGAGCUGCCGAAGAGUGUCUGAGUGUCUCUGGCCCUACGUGUACUUGGAAAAUUUGCAGAUACAAGUUAGAAUUAGUUGGCGCAGGACCGGGGUAAUUAGAGAUGGCUGAGAAAGGCCUUCGUCCUGCAGUGGACAUAAAGACAUACUGAUGAUGAUGAUACUUGGCAGGCAAGCAGAAACCUUGCAGCAAAAUUGCGAGAUGGCCGAGUUUGUUGAAGAACUUGUUCUUUGCCACACUGGUGUGUAAAUGAGAUCAAGCUCAUAGAGAGCUCCUUGUCUUGUUUUGAAGGCAACACAUUUAGACUCCUGAUUGUAGUCCAAACAUUCUGACCACUAAUGCAGUUCAAUUCUGGGGGUCUGGAUGUGAUCAAGCUCACAGAACCCAUCUGCCUCUUCUUUCUCCUUGUGGGAGGGAGGCAACACCUUUAGACUUCCAAGUGUGCUCUAAUACAUUCUGACUAUUGAUGCCAUUUACAUUUGUGCACAUUUGUGGACCAACUGUCACACGUCGACUGUCACAUUGUUGUGUAUGACACAGAUGUAUGUCUCAUUCAUGGGCUGUUCUAGAAUCUGUCCAUAUUCAUUUAUUCUCUUUCCUCUCCUGCACUUACUCUUCUGCAACCCCCUGCCUGUAUAUUUAAUAUUAAUGCAAAAGCAUUAAAUGCCCCAUUACACAAAAAUCCAGUGGUGGCAGCAGCGCCACCAAGCGAUGGUACCAAAAUUGGCCCAUGGCGCAAUGAGUAAAAACACGUCUAAAAUCCUCAGAUUGACGUCAAAAUUUUCAGGCAGGUUCCUGUAGAGAAAGUAAAUGAAUGGCUUUGAAAAGAAAAUUUUUGGUAAAUUUCAAUCUGGGUGGGAACCGAACCCGGACCUGCAGCGUGUGAGACAAGCACACUUCCCUGAUGCCGUGACGGCUCCACAGUUCUGGCUGACUAAAGUUGGGCCUAGUGCUUGUGUCAUUGCACACGUCACGUUGCAGCCAUCUGGCAGACUAAAGAUGUGUCCUAGGGCAUGCAUCAUUGAGCACGUGAUGGCGCAGCCAAUGGCGGGGGAGGUGGUGCCACGUCAUGUGUAUGUAAAGUGAGUGUGUAAAAUAAAAAGUGUUAAUGUCCGAUUGAAUGCUACUGAGUGGUCCUUCGAGUUAUGAACUCCUCACGGGCAAGCGAGUGCAUUGAGAUGCCUGGCGCUUUGAUCUGGCCUUCCUGAGGCGCACUCAACACACAGGUGAGAGCUUGCACAGGCAAGGAAUGUGCGAAAAAAAAAAUUUCACCAAAGGGACUAUAAUGCUUUUGCAUUCCCACAGAGCACUCGUAAGUGUCUCUGCUGAACUUCUUUUUUGAUCUCUGUUUCCUAUUCAGUCAUUCAGGCAAGCUUAAUGCCCCUUGGGCAAUUGUCUGCCAGCUUUUCUUUCUUCACUCCAUGAUCAUUUAAAUGUGCAACCCUAAUAAUAACAAUGUUUGUUAAAGGACACUUUUUCUGCCUGACAAGAUUGAGCACGAAGGCUUAAACACAAAAUGUGGGGCAGUACAACUUUCAGUACUUGCGCAUGAUAGCUUCACUUAGCUUCGCUGAACUCGUUACUGGUUUACAGUUGCCUCGUGCACUUGUGUGUGGUAUGGCAAAGACUAUGUGCACUGCACUUUUUUUUCACCUUCAUUAAAGAAGGUAAGGCAUUUUUAGUGAAAAAAAAUAAGGGAGCGUCACGUGAGUUGUGAGGCCCUUGUAAGUUGUAAGAUGUGAUGGUUGAGACAUGGACGAAAUAAGGUGGGCAGUUUUGCCUACAGGGUAAAGCAUUGAAAGCAAUAGCAAAGUUUAGCAUUGUAUUGAAGCUUCUCGGGCGACAUUCUAAGAAUACAUGGGUGCGACAUGCGACAACUUCUGCGACAUGCGACAACUUCUGCUUCACAUCAAAAGCAGCAUCCUGUCAGCUACGUCUCGCAGUGCUGGCAUGAUGAGGAAUGCUGCCACUGGCAUUACAGGCAUCGCACCUCAGUGGUGUACGAGAUGAGACAGAAGGAAAACAGUCAGCAUUUGUAGCUUGAGUUGUUCGCUCAGACCAUUGUACUCGCCACAGGUGUGGUAUGCACACCGCUGCACAGCAGGAACUGCUGCACCAGGAACAUUCCUGUGUAACAGUGCACUUUGUCUUAGGGCAUUGAAGAAACUGCCGAGUCAUGCAUGUUGACGUGUAUUAUAGUUCAGUGCCUUGUAAACAUUUUCUUCUUUACAUUAUGUGUAAAAUAUUAGUUUAAGACUUCAUGCAAGUUUCUUAAGCAUUGAAAUCAUUGAGGUGCUAAUCCUGUACACUAGUUCAUUGCCUUGGGAAUCCAUAUUUCUAUAACAUUAUUCUUACUUUUCCUAUAUCAUAAAAUUGUCUACUUAGCAAGAAGCAGCGCAUCAGAAUUUUUUAAUUACUUACUGCAGCAACCUAAACAUAGUUUGUGUCACAAAAUCGGUCCGAAGGCUAGGUAAAAGCUAAGGACUCAUCUGUGUAAACUGAAGUGGUAAGUGAUUCUAAAAUUAUCAGCUGCUGUAGAAGCUAAUCGAUUUGUUUUGUCACUGCGCAGCCAACUGCAAAAGUUUCUUGAGCGUGGAAUUAAUGAGAAAGCAAAAAUUACCUUGUGACUUCUACAUGCAGCUGGAAGUAUAUGUAAGAAAUGUGGUCGCCGUACAGAAAAUUAGGCACUGAUCUUUUUGAUUCCAGAGCAGGCAUGUUGGGUUGUUUCUUUUUUUCAGAUUUCAUGCUUUGAAAGCUAUUGCUGCUAGCUGUUUAGCUAAUGAAUAUGCAGUGUUGUUCUCUCUUGUUCUUUUUUUCUUUCUUUGGCAUUGUAUAUUUGACGUAUUGUAUCUUGCAGUACAUCUUGCGUUCCUGUUGCAAAUGAAUUCAUUCUGCAGGUUACAUAGUGAUAAGAAAUCUGCCGAUAAUUGUGUAUAUUAGAAGGCUGAAUGACUGAGUGUGUUACGUGAUGUUGACUCCUGUUAUGAACCGGACUGAAUGUUGUGUAAAUUAUUGAACUAUGUCUGCAUGAUUUUUUUCAGCUAAACUUCUGGCUAGCUAGCACUCAAAUUUCGUACAGAGAUGCCAUUUGAAGGCAAAUGCAGUAUAACAAUAGUAGUACCUCAUUUGCAUGCAUCAGUUGCCUGCCUUGUCCAAUAUUAAUCGGAGGUAUGCGGUCGCCUGCGGUGACAUUAGAUGCAAAAAAAUGUAGGGUUUGCAAUAACUAAACAGUAGCACCAUUUUUCACUGUAACAUCAAAACAGGGUGCACACAGUUUUCUGCCUUAACAACAACAGUGUGGCACAAUUGUUACAACGCAGCAAUGUCAUAAUCGUUUUUGUCUUCCACCACUUCAAACCAAAGUGUGUUUCUGAUUUACUCUACAUGAAACUAGCCAAUAAUGGACCUGGGCGUGGUAUCAAAACUGCAUGAGCAUCACGGAGUUCUACUUGUGCGGAAAAUUUGAGCCGAACAAGCCAGCAGUUUAGCAAAAGCAACCAGGGAUACGUGACGAUCAUGCUUACACAACAUUUGGUGUGUGUGUAUUUAAUUUCAAGGUUUUCCUCUUCACCCAGUGUCGGGAGCUCCAGUGCCACUAGUGUACUAGGAGCAGAUGCUUAUGCAUCGAGUUUUUCAUGUGCAUUCUGUACACUGUCAUGCUUCAAGUGAAUCGACAAGCCAGUUAACAUUUCUACAUUGAGUGCCUUAUUUUAUUUGUUUAUUAUCUCGCGACGUCUUCAGUUGUUUCAUAGCUCUCAGGUGACCCUACAAUGACUGCAUAAGACUGCAGUCAAGCCACAGCACGAGGAUAAGAGGCAUCCGGUAGCAGCAAGCAUCAGGACCUAAUUAUUGCUAUUGGCUGCCGCUUGUGCUUGAAAUAAAGUUGCUGUAGUUGCCAUCUUUUA